ACCUCCCUGAAAAUCCCCCAUUACCUGUGGUCUGUCCUUUGAUUCAACUCUCACCAUGACUUUUGUUGCACCUCCUGGCUACCAGCCUGUCUACAACCCUAGCAUUCCCUAUCUGGGGCCAAUCUACGGAGGCCUGAGGGAGGGCUCAUCCAUCUACAUCCAGGGCUCUGUACCUGAGGACAUCACCAGGUUUUAUGUGAACCUACUGUGUGGUCAGUCUGAUAACAGCGACGUUGCCCUUCACUUUAACCCUCGCUUUGAUGGCUGGGACAAAGUGGUCUUCAACACUCGUCAGAAUGACAAUUGGGAGUCAGAAGACAAAAUCAGGAGUAUGCCUUUCCGUAAAGGAGAGAGAUUUGAGAUGGUCAUCCUGAUCACAUCACAGGGCUACCAAAUCAGAGUCAAUGGUAAUGACUUUCACAUGUUCCCUCACCGGAUCCCCGUGGAGAGAGUUGGAGGUUUAGAGAUUGCAGGAGAUGUGGCUAUUCAGACCAUCAACAUCAUCGGGGUGAGAAUGGAGCCUUGCAUGGGUGGAGGUUACCCUGGCAUGGGUGGAGGUUACCCUGGAGGCAACAUGGGUGGGGGAUACCCAGGAGGCAACAUGGGGGGAGGAUACCCAGGAGGCAACAUGGGGGGAGGAUACCCUGGUGGCAACAUGGGGGGUGGAUAUCCUGGAGGAAAUAUGGGGGGUGGAUACCCAGGAUCAACCCUUCCGGGUAUGGGUGGUCAGCCUGUUUACAACCCACCUGUGCCAUAUCAAGGCAUGAUUGCUGGAGGACUGUCUCCCAAAAGAACCAUCAUCAUCAGAGGCAUGCUGCCCUAUGGAGCUUCCAGGAUGGCUAUAAACUUUAUAGUGAGCAGAACGGGAGACAUUGCUUUCCACCUAAACCCAAGGCUUAAUGAAGGGCUUGUGGUUAGAAAUAGUAAGAUUGGAGGUGGCUGGGGCAACGAGGAACGAGAAAUCAACUUCAACCCCUUUGCAGAGGGACAGUACUUUGAUAUGUCGAUUCGCUGUGGAAAUCAGAGAUUUAAGGUGUUUGUGAACGGACAGCACCUGUUUGACUUUUUCCACCGCAUGCAGUCUUUCAAUGAGAUCGACCAGCUGGAGAUAAAGGGCGAUGUGCAGAUUUCCUACAUCCACUUCUAAACUACAACUAAUGUAAACAGAAAUGAAGAACUAUGUAUUACACAACUAAUAAAGAUACCUCAGAUAUGCUCUUUCAUGCCUAGUGGUUUAUGUU